UGGGUUUUUUGGCUUAAAGGAGACGCAACAAAGACGAGCCUGAGGAACGAGCGGGUUUUAGAGGCUCGCCGCUGUGGCUUUAAGAACUGCAAACAGUGGCUGGGUCUUUACAAAUGGAUUUUUUGCAUAGUUAUAAUAAAGUAGACUAAUUAAAUUUCCAAUUAAGGAUUAAAUAUAUGUGUGUGUUUGUGCGCAGACCGUGCGAGAGUGCGCGCAGUAUGUUUGGCCGCUGGAUCCCGGCCUUUACCCAGCAAACUCUCUCCAUAUUUUAUACCUCCAUAUCUCAGGACAUUUGCGGAUUUUUGUAUGAUAUUUAGGCUGCAGGGAGACGCGUGUUUGGUGGGUAAUACGAGGCGAUGGAGCCGCAGCACGGAGAGGCUCAGAACGCGGACAAUAACAAAGAGGAGAAGUGUGGUCUGGACAAGGCCGCGCUGGGAUCCCCGGACCACAGUGAGCCGGGCACGCCGAAGAAGGCGCUGCGAGGGCGGGGCGCGAGUCGGCUGAAGGCCCGGGACGGGGCGGGAGAGGCGGACACUAACACGAACGGAGCAGCCGGUGGUACUGCUGCCGCUUCUGCUGCUGCUGCUGGAUCCGGACGAGUUCUGCGGGACAGGUCGGCUAGACCUCCUCCAGCGUGGAGGCUGAGCGAGGAGAAGGAGGAGAAGGACGAGGAGGUGGUGGAGGAGAGCCGGCGGAGGAAAGCUGCCACACCGCGGAGGAGUAAAGCUGCUGAGGCGGGCAGGGAGAGCGGCCCGACCAGACGGUCUGGAGAAAGCAAGGAUGCUGCCAGCAACACUCGAGCGGGCAGUGGCCGGCGGACCCAGGGCCGCGGCAGGACCCCGUCAGCAAGGACCCAGAAGAGUUCAGCCAAGGUCAUCUGCAAGAGUGAACCAGAACCUGAGACCGUCUGUGUGGAAACAGAGGAUGCAGCUGGGAAGAGGUUGGGAGAAAGUUCUGAGAGGAAGGUGGAGGGAGAGGAGGGUGGUGAUGGAGCUGAGGUAGAUCCUCUGUUUGUAGACGAUCUGAAGGAUCAGAACUUCCGGCUGCAGGUUCAGAGUGAUGAGGAGGUGGGAAUCAGCAGUGAUGAAGACGUUCCCUUUAGAGAUGACCUGAAUGACCAAAGCUACGACCCCAAAUCUGAGAGUAACACUCCUAAAUCCCGGCGUAAAGCUCCUCCCAGGCCGAGAGAGAAGAAGGAGAAAGCAGCCGUGGUGGAGAAGGAGAAGCAGGUGCAGGCGGAGGUGAAGAAAGAAGGAGGAGAAGGAGUGGAUGUGAAACAGGAGGUAGCAGAGGGGGCGGAGCAACCCAGGAAGAGAGGCAGGCGACGGAAAGAUGAUAAAAGCCCCCGUCUUCCAAAGAGAAGGAAGAAGCCCCCGGUGCAGUAUGUCCGCUGUGAGAUGGAAGGCUGUGGGACGGUUCUGGCUCAUCCACGCUACCUACAGCAUCAUAUUAAAUACCAGCACUUAAUGAAGAAGAAAUACGUGUGUCCUCAUCCCUCCUGCGGCCGACUGUUCCGCCUCCAGAAACAGCUGCUGCGCCACGCCAAACACCACACAGAUCAGAGAGACUACAUCUGUGAAUUCUGUGCUCGUGCUUUUAAAAGCUCCCAUAACCUGGCUGUGCACCGCAUGAUCCACACCGGAGAGAAGCCCCUGCAGUGUGAGAUCUGUGGCUUCACCUGCCGCCAGAAAGCGUCCCUGAACUGGCACAUGAAGAAGCACGACGCCGACGCCACCUACCAGUUUUCCUGCAGCAUCUGCGGCAAGAAGUUCGAGAAGAAGGACAGCGUGGUGGCGCAUAAAGCCAAGAGCCACCCGGAGGUCCUGAUCGCCGAGGCUCUGGCGGCCAACGCCGGCGCCCUCAUCACCACCCCCGGAGCUUUACUGGAGGCCUCCACCGGCCACCUGCGGACAGAGCAGAUCCAGGAGGUGCAGGUGGGCUCCGUGCAGGUGCCGGUGAGCCAGGUAGCCUCUCUGGCGCAGGUGGGCCACGUGGGCCCUGUGGUUGUGGUGGACACGGACCAUUCCCUCCAUAACAUGCAGCAGGUUCCUGUUACUUUGGCCCUGACCACUGCGGAGGAGGAGCUAGGUAGCGGAGCUACGUCUCUGCAUACGACCUCCACCACGCACGCCACGCACACCCUGCAGGCCCUGCCGCUGCAUUUCGUCCCCACGCCUGUUUCCCAGCAGCAGCUGGCACCACAGCUGCCACCGCCACAGAUACAGCAGCUGCCACUUCAACACCCGGCUACCGUGGCGCAGCAAACCGCCGCACUAGUGCAGCCGUUACCGGUGCAGUCAUAUUCCACGCAGCCGCAGAUCCUUCACAUGACCUUCCGGGCUGUUCCUCAGCAGCAGCAUCAGCAUCAGCAGCAUCAUCAGCAGCAGCAGAUCCAGCAUCAGAUCCAGCAGCUGCCGCUGCUCUCUGUGGCGCAGCAGCUGCCUCAGCCACAGCAAAGCCAACAAGCUCUAGUUAGACCCCUGAACGCCAGCUCGAGCCCUGCUGCCACUGCAUGCACCGGCCCGAUUCUCACCCAGAACCUGCCACAGAACCUACCGCAAACUUCACCGUCUGGCUGCAGAGGAACUUUACAAGGUUACUCAAGUGAAGCUCCUCCUCCAUCCUCUGCUGCCGCUGCCGCCGUUUCUCCUCCACCUCCUCCUCAGGCUCCUCCCACUGCCCUGAGAGAGGUGAGAGAGGGCGGAGUCAUCUGGGAGGGAAACGGCCCCGGGGAGAACGGAAACGUGGGCGGCGUUUGGGAGGCGGGAAGAGACGGUGGUGACGGGCAGGUUAUGACGGACAGCUCGGGCAGGCAGAUGCAGCACGGACUGAUGUAGCAAAAUAUUAUUAAUUAUAAUAAUAAUUAAAUAAUAAUAAUGAAGUUCACCUUAUUAUAUUUAAUAAUAAAAACUGAGGGGGAAAGAAAGGGGAGGAGACUGCUGCCUAGUGUAGCUCCGCCUCCUCUGUAGAACCUCCCCACAAAAGUUGGCAAAAUAUAUAGGAUCAUAUUAAAUAUAUUGUAUGUAUUACAUAACAUAAACACAACAUUAAAGCGUUUGGUAGGUUUGUAGACGUGUAUGUAAUCAGGGAAAGACGAGCUGUGUUUUGCGUUUUCGUUUGUUUUGUACAUAAUACAGUUUUAGUCCUGUUCAAAUAUUAAUUUUUGAUUUUAUUUUUUUUUUGUCGUGUGUGUUUAAGUUGCAAAGACUUUCAUAACUCAGUUUCAUGUUUUUCCAUAUUAUUUUAUUAUUUUCUUUUUUAAAUAUUUCUCUAAACACUGCACCCAUGUACUGUGUAUAUACACACAAAAAAACACACACCCACACUCCUAACAAACUAUUAAUAGAAGUAUAGAAGUGUUUUCCUAUUUUAUAGUGAAACCAUAUGGGGGGUAUUUAUUAAAGCAAGACAUCUUAGAAUAUGUAAGACGUGUGUCUUAGUCCCUUUAGUUUGUGAGUCUUUAGACAGAAAUGACUUCAGAAUUAAAUCAGAACAUUGGGAAUUACAAUAAUUCUGAAUCCUCGAAUUUAACUUUUAGUAGUUAAAGGUUACAUACACUCAUUGACAAAAACUAUGAAUAAAUAAAUAAAUAACACACCAAGAAGUUGAUUUUUAUUUUAGUAAUUUAUUAUGUAAAUGUAGUAAUAAUAUGUUAGAGUGAAAGGAUGAGUUUAGAAAUUGGAAAUUAUUCUCUAUCUAGUCGCUGGAUAUAAGAUGAUAUAAGAUUGAGAGGGUUGGGUUUGGAGGUUCUACAGGUUCUGUGUGGAUCCUGCAGCACAUUUGCCCACAGAUGUUGCUACAGCUGGGCCUGUAGAUCCUGUAGCUCUACACUCGUAGGUUGAAGCUGAAGCUGCAGAGUCCCAGCUGCUCCAUAAAUGCUGGAUUGGUGAUAAAUCUGGAGAUCUGCAGGACGAGGAAGUGCUGUAAUCUGGUGGAGACUGUGUUCCUGGGAAACCCUUGCUGUGUGUGGGUGAACAUUAUCCUGCUGAAAAAUGAAAGUUCUGCAGGAGAGAAAGCAGCAACACUAUUCCUCCUAUCACUACCAAUGAUCUGGGUUCUCUCCCCUCUCAAAUGUCUUUAAGGCAUAUCUUACAGUGAUUGAUCUCUCACCAGGGGGUACACUGCCCAAAAUGAGCUUCUAAAAGCCUGUAUGAUUACAGACCAGAUCUGCAUGGUGAGUUUUUCAGCAGCAUAUGGUGUGCUAUUUUUUUUAUUCUUUAUUUAUAUUUUUGUCAAUGAGUGUAUGUAUACAGACCCAGGCUUUAUUAAUGACACUCGGGCUAAGGCGGAUAUUGAUACGGAUAUUGAUCCCUAUUGUUAAUACAUUAACCUGAUGAUGAUAAACGCUAAGGUCAGAUGCAACCAAAGAGGUCUGGGAAAGCAGCUUCAGGAACCCAGACACAGAAAGAAGUAGCCGCAGCAGGAAAGCUGCGCAGAAAUCAAGCACACUGGUACUGUAACGUCUUCACUACAGCCGUUCCUCAAGCUCUCCACACCUCAGACCUGGGCUACAGAACCAGACUUCUUCAGAUUUAACACCAUAAACAUCUGCAGAGUUUCUCAGUCUCACAAAAUAAACCCAAUAAACGUUACUACACUCCUCUUC